GUGUUUGUUCGCCUUUGGGCUUGUCUUCGUUGCUCGAAGAAGUGACUUGCUCUGCUGAUGUAGUCUUUCGCUGAGAGGACACCGGUGUCUCUGUUGUCGUGUCCAGAAGAAAUUGGACCAACGCGGAAAAUAGACAGAAGGUUUUGACAGCCGUAUGGGACAAAACAGUUCACAGGGUGCCACAAUGACUAAACCUGUCCGUGUCAUCGUGGUGGGAGCUGGCUGUCGAGGAGAGAUCUACUCCCAGUUUGCAUCCAUCCAUCCUGAUCGCAUGAAGGUUGUUGGAGUUGCUGAUCCAAGGAAAUUUGCUCGCACUAAACUUCAACGGCAACACAAAAUUGCAGAUGAAAAUGUAUUUGAUGACUGGCAUAAAUUAGCUGAAAGAGAGAUGUUUGCAGAUGCUGCGUUAAUUUGCACUCCAGACCGACUUCAUAAGGAACCUGCUGUGGCCUUUGCAAAGAAGGGCUACCACAUUCUGCUGGAAAAACCAAUGGCAACAACUGCUGAGGACUGCAAAGCGAUUGUGCAGGCUUGCACGCAGAGUGGUGUGAUGCUGUCAGUUGGACACGUUCUCCGAUACGAUCCCACCAUCCACAAGAUAAAGGAACUGAUAAAUGCUGGAGCCAUAGGUGAUGUGAUCCAUAUUCAGCACUUUGAACCGGUUGGUUUUUAUCACUUUGCUCACUCAUUUGUUCGGGGAAACUGGAGGAACGAAGCUGAGAGCUCUUUUGUUCUUUUGGCCAAAUCGUGCCAUGACAUCGACCUAAUACAUGACUGGGCUGGAGCUCGCAGGUGUGUGAAAGUGUCAUCAUUUGGAUCUGUCAGCCACUUCCAAAAAGAUGACAUGCCAACAGGUGCAGGGGAUCGCUGUGUGGAUUGUCCAGUAGAAAAAGACUGUCCAUACUCAGCAUGCAAAAUCUACCUGGACAGAGUGAAACAGGGUCACACUGGCUGGCCUGUAUCAGUCAUAUGUCCGAACUCGUAUCCAGACAUCGAGUCAGUAACCGAGGCACUGAGGACUGGACCAUAUGGGCGCUGUGUGUACAAGUGUGACAACGAUGUCUGCAGUAACCAGGUUGUGAACAUGGAGUUUGAAGGGGGUCUGACGGCAGCCUUUUCCAUGGUAGCCUUCACUGAGGAGAUGUGCAAGCGAAAAACAACCAUCUAUGGCAGCAAGGGGGAACUGUCAUAUGAUGGCCAUGAGGUACACGUGUUUGACUUUCUGACCCAGAGAUCCACUAAACACACAGCCAAAAGUAAUACCCCCAUGCACUUUGGCAUGGGUGGACAUGGUGGAGCAGACUACCACCUUAUGGAUGCCUUUAUUUCUGCUGUGGCGAACAAUGAUCCAUCCCUAAUCCGAUCGGGUCCUGAGGAGACGCUGCUGAGCCAUUUGCUGGUGUUUGAAGCUGAACGUUCACGACUGGAGGGCAGGGUGGUGUGCCCUGCUACUGCUGAUAUUAACCAGAGUUAGAGAACCAAAAACACUGUCAUGAAAAUGUCAGCUUAAAAAUCAAACACUAUGAUGAUACCUGGAUGAUUAAAGACACUGUUAGUCUGGUGAAUGAAAUGCCAAAUCCAUUAGUACUGCUAUGCUCAUGAUGCUGAUGAUUCACUUCAUAUUGUUCAGGGGAUUUUGAUACUGUGUGUUUGUGUUUGUGAGUGAAUGUGGGGACCUGUUUAGUUUUUUAAAUUGAUUAAAGUACUAAGUCAAGAACUUGAUCAUUUAUUGUUCAGCAUAAUGUUAUGACGUGAUCAUUCUCAAGCAAGUAUUGUUAAUGAAUUCUCAUAAUUUUUAGUAAAAACUUCUGAAUCUGUGUAAUUUCA